GCUUGGUUCUACUCCACUUCCAUAAUUUAGAAGUAGGUGGGCCUAUCAUAGGGCUCAUAAUCAGAAUGUCACUCUCGUCAUCAUCGACGACAAUCCUUGGAAAACGCAAAGCCACUAGAUAUAUUUUACACCUUUCUGCAAGUCCACAACCCGAGUCAUUGACUUCAACUGAGUAUCUCGCGGUCCACGAUAUCCCAGAGCCUUCCUCAAAGAAAGCCCGCCAUCCUUGCACGUAUUCUGGAUGCACGAAGUCCUACUCAAAAGCUUGUAGGCUAGCAGAGCACAUAAGAUCCCAUACAGGGGAGCGUCCCUACGUCUGCACGACAUGUCAAAAGUCUUAUUUACGCGAAUCCCAUCUUCAAGCACAUGCAAAAAGCCAUCUUCCCGACUCAGAACGCCCUUACGUAUGUACGGAAUCAGCAACCUGCCAGAAACGGUUUUGGACCCUUCAGCACCUCCAGGUGCAUGAAAAUACGCACAGGGGGGCUAAAUCGUAUCAUUGCGUGGUAGAGGACUGCAACGAGGUGUUUUCCAAACACCAUCAGCUGCGAUCUCAUACCUGCCAAGUACACGCACCCCCAGGUACGAAAUCUUACAUGUGCACACACCCGGGGUGCACCAAAUCGUUCGAUACGAACCAAAAGCUUAGAGGUCAUGUCAAGACUCAUGACGAUAAACGCUACACGUGUGCACACCCAAACUGCUUACCUUCAUCUAAUAAUGACCCUACAUAUUACCCGACAUGGACGACCCUCCAGGCUCAUAUCCGGGAGGCCCAUCCUCCAACAUGCAUGCAUCCCUCAUGCAACGGACGAACUUUCGCUUCUCAACAUAAUCUGCGUACUCAUCAAAAAUUACACGAACAACAAGAGUUAGAAGCCAUUCUAGCAGACGUAGAACCAUCAGAAGCAACAGACCUGCCUCGCAAACGUAGACGCGGUGGGGAAGUGGGCAGAGACUGGAAAUGCGACAAAUGUGGGAAAGAAUUUAAAUCUAUGAAAGCCCUCACGACGCACAACAACGUGAUUCAUCUCGGCCACAGAAAUCACAUCUGCCCACAUCAACAUUGCUCCAGUGCCUUUGGCUACAAACACCUCCUCGAAAGGCACCUGGAUAGGAUUCAUAGCACAAGGAGCGACCAAUCCAUCGCAGAUCCGUCUGAGUCAGACGGCGCUACAACCACUGAUACUGAUACCGACUGUCCUGACAACGAAGCUGCAAGCUCAGCACCGCACUUAAGCAUCGACCGCAUUACCGGACAUGCUUACUCCCUCCGCAGUCGCAUGCCAACAUCAAAAACCAUACGAUGUCCAUACCCCAACGUUGAAGACCUACUUCUAUCGCCUCCAGAAACCUCGCUUUCUGGUUCUUCAGCACACUGUGAUCACAUCCUAACUCGCGCGUAUGAUCUACGCCGACAUUUGAAGGCCGAGCAUGGACUCAUUGGGGACAAGUACAAGGUAGACUCUUGGGUAAGAUCGCAUAGAGGUAGCGCUCAGACAUCUUGAUCUCUGUCCAUUACGGGAGAAGUCCUGUCUACAGUGUUUUUCAUUUUCCGAUGUUUCCAUUUGAACCCCUUCUUGAUGUGGGAGCUGAUAUGUGUUUUCUCUCGACUCUGGGCAAUAGAAGGAGAUUGAGGAUAGGGAUGGUAUAAAUGCACGCAAAUAGUGCGUUUGCGAUGUGUCUAUACCACCUCAGUCUUAGUAUCGAUCGCAUGGAUUUUGUGAAUCUAUCCUAAGUGUCUUCGUUAUCGACUUUGCGCUAAUCAGUAUCAUUAUUGAGCCAGC